GGUGGCUCCGCCCCCAGGGUGGUUCUUGGCAGCGAGGGGAGGAGGCGGUGGCACAGCCCGUUUGUGAUUGUCCCUGCUCGCGGCGGCGGCGGCGGCUCGUGCUCGGCGAGAUGGAACGUGCAGCGGCAGGCGCAGAGUUCAACAUCCUGCUCGCCACCGACUCCUACAAGGUUACACAUUAUUUGCAAUAUCCACCUAAUACAAGCAAAGUUUAUUCUUACUUUGAAUGUCGUGAAAAGAAGACUGAGAACUCCAGAUUAAAGAAGGUGAAAUAUGAGGAAACAGUUUUUUACGGGUUGCAGUACAUUCUAAAUAAGUACUUAAAAGGCAAAGUGAUAACCAAAGAGAAAAUCCAGGAAGCCAAAGAGGUGUACAGGGAGCAUUUUCAAGAUGAUGUCUUCAAUGAAAAGGGAUGGAAUUAUAUUCUUGAGAAGUAUGACGGGCAUCUUCCAAUAGAAGUAAAGGCUGUUCCUGAAGGCUCAGUCAUUCCCAGAGGAAAUGUACUCUUCACAGUAGAAAACAUGGAUCCAGAGUGUUAUUGGCUCACUAACUGGGUUGAGACUAUUCUUGUUCAGUCAUGGUAUCCAAUCACAGUGGCCACAAAUUCCAGGGAGCAGAAGAAGAUUUUGGCAAAGUAUUUGUUAGAGACAUCUGGCAGCUUAGAAGGACUGGAGUACAAACUGCAUGACUUUGGCUACAGAGGAGUUUCUUCACAAGAGACAGCAGGAAUAGGAGCAUCUGCUCACUUGGUAAACUUUAAAGGAACUGACACAGUAGCAGGAAUUGCUUUAAUUAAAAAGUACUAUGGAACGAAAGACCCUGUUCCAGGAUAUUCUAUUCCAGCUGCUGAACACAGUACCAUAACCGCUUGGGGAAAAGACCAUGAGAAAGAUGCUUUUGAACACAUAGUGACGCAGUUUUCUUCAGUGCCUGUAUCUGUGGUCAGUGACAGCUAUGACAUCUACAAUGCUUGUGAAAAAAUAUGGGGUGAGGACCUAAGGCAUUUAAUUGUAUCCAGAAGUCCAAAGGCACCACUGAUUAUUAGACCAGAUUCUGGAAAUCCUCUUGACACUGUGUUAAAGGUUUUGGAGAUCUUAGGAAAGAAGUUCCCUGUUGUAGAAAAUGCAAAAGGCUACAAGGUGUUGCCUCCUUAUAUCAGAGUUAUUCAGGGGGAUGGUGUGGAUAUCAACACGCUGCAAGAGGGGAUACUGGUAGCACAGAAAAGAUGCCAAACAAGAAUCGCUCAAGAACUUUGGUUGAAGAAGAGGAUUGUGGAGGGAAUGAAGAAGAAUAAAUGGAGUAUUGAAAAUGUUUCCUUUGGAUCUGGUGGAGCUUUGCUGCAGAAAUUAACAAGGGAUCUCUUGAAUUGUUCCUUCAAAUGCAGUUAUGUGGUGACCAAUGGCCUUGGGGUGAAUGUCUUUAAGGAUCCAGUAGCGGAUCCUAACAAAAGGUCAAAGAAAGGUCGACUCUCUUUACAUAGGACACCCAAUGGAGAUUUUGUUACAUUAGAGGAAGGCAAGGGGGAUCUUGAAGAAUAUGGUCAUGAUCUCCUUCAUACGGUCUUCAAGAACGGAAAGGUAAUGAAGUCUUACUCGUUUGACGAAGUAAGGAAAAAUGCCAGACUGAAGGACAAUGAACUAGAAGUGGCACCUCAUUAAGUUUAAUUCCAUGUCUCUGUGUAAUGAGUAUGUACUGCAUAGCUGAUGAGUUUGUUGUACAGAUCUGUGUGUUUGUGUUUUAUGAUACAUUAUAGCCAAAUUAUUUGUUGGUUUAUGGACAUACUACCUUUUUUCUUUUCUUUUUUGCACCAGUCUUUAGAAAAGAUUAAAUUAGGAAAUGGUACUUAAAAUGUAAAAUCUAUUUAAUGCUGAAGAGUGCUUUUUAGGGCCCUUUGCCAGUAGUGAUUCAAUCUGGUAUUGAUCUUUUCACAAAUGAGACAGAGCAGAGAAACAUUUUUAUAUGGAAUAGAAUAUCACAAAAUGGAUUUACAUAAAAUUAUCAUGAUUACUUUGUUUAUAUUUAACUUGUAUUUUUGUACAAACAAGAUUGUGUAAAAUAUAUUUAAAGUUUCAAUAAUUAAGUCUUUCCAACUUUUCAUGAUUUUUAUGAGCACAGACUUUCAAGAAAAUAUUUUGGAGGAAAAAUCAUUGCCUUUUGUCCAUUAAUCAGCAAAUAAAAAUGGCCUUAAAGUUUCUUGUGACAUUGUACCAUUUGAAGGUUAAAUCAGGACUUGUACCUACUUAAGACCCAUAGAAUUGCUGACCUCACUGUUCCUUGUAGUUAUCUGUAGUAGUCAUUCUACAUUAAAGAAAAUUACUGUUCUUGCUGGAAUCUUUAGGUACUAUAAGCGUAUAGGCCUAGCUAGCAGUGUAUGGUAUGUAAAUGGAAUGCCAAAUUUGAAAGAAUUCUCUACUGCAACUUGUCUUUUGUCAAGUAUAGUCCACUUGGCAUAUGCACCUCAAUAUUUUAAGAGUAAAGUUUUUAAGAGAGAUCCUCUUCCACUACAGAAUAUACGUGUAAAAUACUGAUAAAUAUGGAAGCGGUGUAUUUUAAAGUAAUUAUACUUCUGGGUUUAUUUUUCAUAUAUUGUAAGUGACAUGACUUUAAAGUGAAAUACUGGACUGGGUAGUGCACUUUUUUACUUUUUGUAUUUUUUUUCAUUGAUUUGCCUUUUAUCAGACUGGAUGUUAAAUUGUAUAAAUAUGUUUAACUAUUUUUUGUUAAACAACUUUAAUAAAAUAUUAUGCUAGACAAACUUCUUUUACAUGAAUCCCCGAAGGGGGGACAUGAUACAGAGGGAUAAUUGUGAAAACAAACUAUAUGAAAGGUACUUUUUAGUCAGCUGUGCUUGAUUUUAUUCACUCUCUGCAUAUGCUUGCUUGAACACCUGCUGGAGGACAAAGCUGUCAGUGAUUUUGUUUGACAAACCAUAGCAAGUUUUCAGAUGUUUGACUGUACUGUAGGGUGGCUCUUAUGAGAAAAUGAAUCCCUCCUUUUUUAGAAAAGCAAUGGUUUCUGUAACGUUAUCCAUGCUAAAGAGUAACUAAGUCACUGACCAUUGUACAGGCGUUGCAUUUGGUUCUGGCUCUAGUGUAUUAGCAAGUGAUGUUACAGGGCAAAUGGUUUAGAAAGGUCAAACAAUUUAGACCAACCACAAAUAAUACAAAACAUACUUUUAUUUGAAGGAAGCUUAAAAAGCCAUACUUUAUUGUUCUUACUGUCACACCAAAAAGGGCCACAUCAAAGAGCUUGUAAUGUUUCCGGGAUGUUUCCGGGAUAUGAAGUUAAAAUACUUAAGCCCAGUCGCAAUCGUUUGUUUUAUUUGUUUAAAAAAUGUUUUCACUCUUACUGUAUGUGAUUAUACACUUCGGUGAUGUAUCAUUUCAAAAAGUAGAGUUUUAGUAAGAUGAUAAACACUGACCUUUCACACCCGGAUCUGCAUUCUGUUGCAGUUACCCGUAUUGUUCUUAUUUGGUCAGGAAAGAUUUUAACUCCAGAGAUAGAAUUAGUAACAGUUAAAUAGAAUAGAGACUUUCACUCCUCCAUAUGAUAUGUAUUAGAGAAUUUUAUGAUGUAUGGUUUAAAAAAAAACUGCUUUCAUCCUGUACCAAUAAAGAUUUUGAUAACUAUUGACUACCCAUAACUGAUAUUUUUGUAAUUAAAAGCUGGGGAUAUGCUGUGAAAGCACUGUUUUCUUUUUGUCUGCCAUGAAGUACACAAGUGACUGUUUGAUAUUAUAUCUAGAUUUCAGUUUAUUUGGGACUUUUCUAUGAAUUCCCUAAGCUGUGCAUGUCACUUUCAGAAAGUCGUGUCAUUCAUUUUAAAAUAAUGUUAGUACUUUAAUCACCUGGUGCUAGUCAAUCCUCAGCUCUUGCCACCAAGUGAUUGGCAGUUGACAUCCCAGACACCAAAGGGUUGAUAGUGAUGUCAGAUAUAACCUAUUACCGUGCUUGAACCUUACAAUAUCGUAAUUCUUCCAUACUGAAGCAAACAGCAUGUUUGGGUUUGCUUUAAAUAAUUAGAUUUGUAGCCAUUGAGAUUUUAAUUAUCCCCAUUUAAUUAUAGUACAGUGUUUGUAUUUAAAAAAUAGGAGUUGGACGUUUUGUGUUAAUACUCUAAUUUAUUUGUAACCAGUAUUUAGCAUAAGAAAUGGAUUUUAUGACUAUUUUUUCCUGAGAUGCAUGGCUAUGAAACUGAUGCUAAAUCUUUUUGUAACAAGAUCCAUCUUAGAAGAUCUGAGGAGAAAAUAGAAAAGUAUUUAUUGUUUUAUUUGCCAAAAUUCAAAACGUAAAGUUUAAACCGUUUUUCUAGUUUUACAUUCCUCCUUAACUUGCUUAGUGGAGAGUAAAUAUUCUUCACUUAAAUCGUAUGUUAAAUGUACUCAACAUCAAAUACAAAUAUGUAAUAAAAUGGAAAUAAAGUUUAGUUCUGGUAGUGAAACACUAA